GAAAAUUCCAGAGGGAUGUGGUCACUGCCAGACUCACACUCAGUUGAUCUGGUCCAAAUGGAUGGAGAGAAACUAAUUAGUUUUGAAACAUCCAAUUUUCAGAAAUUAUCAACUAAUAAAGGGCCAAAAGCCAAAAUGAAAUUUAUAGCGCUUGCUGUCACCGUUGGGCUAACUUUGCUGCUAGGAGUUCAAGCCAUGCCUGCAAAUCGCCUCUCUUGCUACAGAAAGAUACUAAAAGAUCGCAACUGUCACAACCUUCCAGAAGGAGUAGCUGACCUGACAAAGAUGGAUGUAAACGUCCAGGAUCAUUUCUGGGAUGGGAAGGGAUGUGAAAUGAUCUGUUACUGCAACUUCAGUGAAUUGCUCUGCUGCCCAAAAGAUGUCUUCUUUGGACCAAAGAUCUCGUUUGUGAUUCCUUGCAACAAUCACUGAGAAUCUUCAUGUAUUCUGGAGAACACCAUCCCUAAUUUCCCACAAACCGCACUAUAUCAGUGUAACUGCAUUUCUAGUUUCCAUGUAGUGCAAUAAAGCACAGAUUCUAUAAAUUUUUACUUGUCUAGGACAAGUAAACUUGUGUUAAAUAAGUAGUAAUAAAAAUUAAUUCAAUUUAA